AUGGCAUCGCCUACUCGCAACUAUUAUACUUCUCCAGCAACGGACCCCGCUGAGAUAGCUCGCUCCAGGCAAAAUUCAGAUGUGAUGGAGAUUUACGGCAUCACAGACCGCGAAAAUCUAGAGCAUAGUGCCGCCGAUAGUGAUGCCGCCAACCGCAAUGGCUCUCCGAGCAUGAGUAGUACUUUCAGCAAGCUCUCACAAUAUUACCCCCCUUAUGAAGAAAAUGGCAGGAUGUAUCAUGGUUUCCGGAAAGGAGUCUACAUGUUACCAUGCGAUGAGCAGGAGCAGGACCGCCUCGACAUCUUCCACAAGUUGUUCACGGAAGCGCGAAAGUCGGACGGUCUGAUUUACGCCCCGCACCCUCCGAAUGGACGGUUUUUAGACCUGGGCUGCGGAACGGGUAUCUGGGCCAUUGAUGUGGCACAUAAGUAUCCAAAGGCCCAUGUGGUUGGAGUUGACCUUGCGCAAAUACAGCCCGACAAUCACCCUGAAAACUGUCAUUUCUUUGCACCAUUCGAUUUUGAGGGUCCCUGGGCCAUGGGUGAGGAUUCGUGGGACCUAAUUCAUCUGCAAAUGGGCUGUGGCAGCGUUGUGGGCUGGUCAAACCUCUAUCAGAAGAUCUUUGCCCACCUUGCACCGGGCGCUUGGUUCGAGCAGGUGGAGAUCGAUUUUGAACCACGCUGCAACAACCGUCCUUUGGAGAAAUUGGCUAUGUGGCACUGGUAUCAAUACCUGAAGCAAGCAACACAGGAUACAAUGCGACCAAUCGCACACAAUUCUCAUGAGACGAUCAAGCAACUCGAGGAAGCCGGUUUUACGCAAAUCAACCAUCAAAUAGUGGGCCUACCGCUAAACCCUUGGAUCCCUGAUAAGCACGAGAGCAAGGUCGCCCGGUGGUACAACCUGGCUAUCUCGGAGAGUAUUGAGUCUCUCAGUCUGGCACCGUUCAGCCGUGUCUUUCAAUGGCCGGUGGACAAGAUCAGGCGCAUCUCCGAGGAGGUGAAAUCCGAAGCCUUUAACCCAGACAUCCAUGCUUGGAACCUCUUACAUAUCUAUCAAGCGCGAAAGCCCCUCCCCAAUUGA